UAGGUGCGGGUGUACCGGGGCCUGGAGGGUCCGGGAGAGGAGCGGGAGCCGGAGCGGAGCGGAGGAGAUGGCGUCUCAGCCGCCGCCUCCCCCGAAGCCCUGGGAGACCCGCCGAAUUCCAGGGGCCGGGCCGGGGCCGGGACCUGGCCCCACUUUCCAAUCUGCUGAUUUGGGUCCUUCUUUAUUGACAAGACCUGGACAACCAACACUUACCAGAGUGCCCCCACCUAUUCUUCCAAGGCCAUCACAGCAGACUGGAAGCAGCAAUGUGAACACUUUCAGACCUGCUUACAGUUCAUUUUCUUCUGCAUAUGGUGCCUAUGGGAAUUCAUUUUACGGAAGCUAUAGCCCUUACAGUUAUGGAUAUGGUGGGUUGGGCUAUAACCGCCUCCGUGUGGAUGAUCUUCCACCCAGUAGAUUUGUUCAGCAAGCCGAAGAAAGCAGCAGAGGUGCCUUUCAGUCCAUUGAAAGCAUUGUGCAUGCUUUUGCCUCUGUCAGUAUGAUGAUGGAUGCUACGUUUUCAGCUGUGUAUAACAGUUUCAGGGCCGUAUUGGAUGUAGCAAAUCACUUUUCCCGUUUAAAAAUACACUUUACAAAAGUGUUUUCAGCUUUUGCGUUAGUUAGGACUAUAAGAUAUCUUUACAGACGGUUACAGUGGAUGAUAGGUUUGAGAAGAGGCUCUGAGAAUGAGGACCUCUGGGCAGAAAGUGAAGGAACUGUGGCUUGCCUUGGUGCCGAGGACCAAGCAGCUAACUCAGCAAAAUCUUGGCCAAUAUUCUUGUUCUUUGCUGUUAUCCUUGGUGGCCCUUACCUCAUCUGGAAACUUCUUUCUACCCACAGUGAUGAAGUAGCAGACAACCACAACUGGGCAAGUGGUGAGGAUGACCAUGUAGUUGCAAGAGCAGAAUAUGAUUUUGCUGCUGUAUCUGAAGAAGAAAUUUCUUUCCGUGCUGGUGAUAUGCUAAACUUAGCUCUUAAAGAACAACAGCCCAGAAUACGUGGUUGGCUUCUGGCUAGUCUUGAUGGUCAAACAACAGGACUUAUACCUGCAAAUUAUGUCAAAAUUCUUGGCAAAAGGAGAGGUAGAAAAACGGUGGAAUCGAGUAAAAUUUCCAAGCAGCAACAAUCUUUUACCAACCCCACACUAAUUAAAGGAGCCACAGCCAAUGAUUCUUUGGAUGAACAGGAAGCUGCCUUUGAAUCUGUUUUUGUUGAAACAAAUAAGGCUCCAGUUGCACCAGAUUCCACAGGGAAAAGUGGAGAUAAACAAGAUCUUUGAUCUCUUUCAUGAUCGUGUGCAGUUGAACAAUAGAGUACUUUUUAAAAUUAUUUCUGAUAAAUCUACAAUCCAGUGAAAACAUGUUAUUGGCUAUUCCAGGUAUUUUGCUGCUAGAAAUUAUUAAAGUUAUAUGCAAGUAUGUUGGUCUAGUGACCUGGUUAUGUGUUACAAGUUAUUGGACCACGAGGACAUUUGUUUCACCUAGAUUUUAAGAUUAUGAAGACUGCUAUCAUUUUCAUCUUUUAAAUCCCUAGGUUUAUUGGAGGAGUAAGACUGGUGAACCAUAGGAUAUAUGGUUGCUGCAGUAGGGAUCAUUAAUGCUUAUUAAAAUUCAUUUAAUUGGCUUGUAAUCCUCAGAAAUUGAUAACAUAAAUAUGAGAGCAGGCAAAAAGGAGACCUUUUUUUUUUAGAUCCUUAAGUAAACUGAAUAAUAAAAAUGUUCUGACUCAUAUUCUAUCCAGUGUUGAGUUUGCUUUAGUCAGUAGUAAUAUGUUUUUGCCCACAAAUAAUCAAUACUAUGAUCUUUGUAUUUUUUUAAUGUAUCUUGAAAAGGUCACUAGAAGCAUUAUAGAGAUUGUUCUAGAAUGACAGAAUAUAGCUUUUACAGUAUUGCUUUACAGUUUGCAUUUAGUGAUAUAACCAGAUCUACCAGUAAUGCUUUUUUAAUCUUUUCAUAGAUUCUCUGCUUCUACUUUUUAAAAUUCCAUAUUCAUGUGUUCUUUAAACAUUGAAAAUGUGUCACUUUGCGUAUACAUUUGUUUCAGGUUUAGUUUUUACUACUGAGACUAUAAACAAAAUACUCAGUUGGCAUUUAGAAUGUGAUAAUGCUAUUUGACUUGUUUAUUAAUGAUCAUAAAUAUGGUUAACUUUCAGUACACUAUUUCCCCACAAAAUUGGAAACUUUGUACACUUGCUGUAAUUUCUACAGAUUAAUACUAUCAGGAAUACAGGUGUGUAAAAAUAUGCUUACAGGUUUUGUUGAAAACUUAGAAUUAUUUGACAGAGAUUACGAUUUAGUAUUUUUAUCUUUAUUCUUAUAGACUAUAUUUACCAAAUAAUUCUAGAACAGUUCAGACUAAAACAUACAGGAGCCAUAAAAUAUACUCAGCAUUGAGGAAUUUUACUAAAAGCUUUUGGGAAGCCCUUUUUUGAAAUGACAAUGUAGUAAGUAAUGUAGCAUUUAAAAUAGCAAUAUUUGUGCAGAAACAGUUAUCUUGGGCCUAUUUUCAUAACAGUUAUCUUAGGCCUAUUUUCUCAGGUCUAAUCCACAAGUUGAAGAGAUAGUUUCUUGUAUUUUCCAUUUGAGUUCUAUAAUUAAAAGUUCUGCUUUUUUUUAAUAGAGAAUAAUUUAUGGAAAUUCUGUUUUUUAAACAAGUUUUUGAUAAACUGGUGUUUGGACAUCUAAAUUGAAUGUUAAAAGGAAAGUGGAAGUGAAAUGUGGAGUCAGUGCUACUUAUAUUAGGAAAGAUGAAUUAUUAGCAUAGAAUUUAUGUCUGCUACUUAAAAUGUGCAGGAAGAAGAGUAACUGAAUGACAAACCAAUUUCACUUUUCUUAAGGUGUUUAUUGUUUGGUUAAGUAUGCUAAAUUAGUAUACACUUUCUACCAUUUGGGUCUGGAAAUUCCCUUUCUGUUAAAAUUCUACAAAAAUAAUUUAAGGCUAGAAUAAGCAGAGAAAUUUUGUAACCUUUUUUUAUCAUGAUAGUUUUAUUAUAAUUCCUAGAUGACAUUAAAUGUAAUGGUGAAGGCUCCAAUAUUUUCAUUUUUAGGAACUUAUCUAAGAAGUGCUACUUUAUAGGAAUUACUAAUGGAAACCAAAACAUUUCAUUUAAAUAACAAUACUAAGUUAUAGUAAGGUAAUAGAUUUCUUUUCAUUUUUAUCAGCUCAGAAAGGAAAAGGUAAGAGGACUACAAAUUUCCAUAUUCUAACACUUUUUAGAUACUGACUUUGUCAGUAUGUCCUAAUUAUUCAUUUACCUGAAUUUAGCUAUCCUUCAUUUUAUGCUUUCUAUGGAAAAUUUAAUGCAGUUAAAUAUUUGUAAUAGAUUAAGUUCCUUUUACUAAAGAAAUAAAAAUAUGUUAAACUUGAUGUACAUUUUUAAAGAACAACUUAGUUCUUUCUGCAAGAUUGGAAUUAUAUAAGAGCUUCUAUUUUUCUUCAUGCCACUGUAUAUAUACCUACUAUAAACCAAUAUGUCUGUUCUAUUUCUUUGUGAUUUGAAGAAAAAUAUUAGAUUUACAUUUACAUAAAAAUUGCAGGUGAGUUAAACAAAACUAAGACCUCAGAGCUGGAAUUUGAGAGACCUAUAGUCUGGAAACCGCCUUCUUUAACAUUUAAAUUCCAUUGUUUUUCAGUUUCCUCUUUGAUAAUAUUGUUGAUGGCUACUACAUCUGCCAACAUGAGAGCACUUUAAAAAAAAGCACAAUAGGCCGGUGCCGUGGCUUAACAGGCUAAUCCUCCGCCUUGCGGCGCCGGCACACCGGGUUCUAGUCCCAGUCGGGGCAUCUGUCCCAGUUGCCUCUCUUCCAGGCCAGCUCUCUGCUGUGGCCAGGGAGUGCAGUGGAGGAUGGCCCAAGUUCUUGGGCCCUGCACCCCAUGAGAGACCAGGAGAAGCACCUGGCUCCUGCCAUCGGAUCAGCACAUUGCGCCGGCCGUAGCGCGCCUACCGCAGCGGCCAUUGGAGGGUAAACCAACGGCAAAAAGGAAGACCUUUCUCUCUGUCUCCCUCUACUGUCCACUCUGCCUGUCAAAAAAAUAAAUAAAUAAAUAAAAAUUUUGAAAAAAGCACAAUCAAAAGUAUAAUUUUACAGUAAUUACAUGUUUUAUAAGUUUUUCCAUGUUUACUUAACCUUCUUAAAUCCUGUAAAAUUGUCAGUAUUUCUGUCCGUCUAGAAUUUCAGAUUCACAGAUACUUAACUAAAAGUUAAAAUUACCUCUUCAUACUUUAACUCUGCCCAGUUUAUAAUAUAAAAUUAUUUUACAGGGGUGAACAUUUGGCCUAGCAGUUAAGAUACCCACACCCCAUUUCAGGAUGCCUGGCUCCCAGUCCCAGCUCCCUGCCAAAGCAGACCCUGGGAGGCAGCAAGUGACCACUCAAAUAAUUGUGUCCAUGCCACCUACUCAGGAGUUGGACUGAGUUCCUGGCAUGCUUUCGCUCUCACUCUCUGCAGAUACCUCUGCCUCUCAAAUAAAUUGAUAAAUAAGGAAAAUUAUCUGGUGAAUAUAGGAGAGUCUAACUUAGGAAAACACAGAGGACUGUUCAACACAACAAAUUUCGUUUUCUCAUUAUUGCCUUGAAAUGCCCUUUCAUACUCUAUAGUUUUCUAUUUACCUUUAUUUGGGAGACAGAAUUGUUUCUUUUAAGGUUAACUAGUCAUGAAUACAUGUGUCACUUUACUAUAUUAUGCCCCAUGUAUAGUUUUUCACAUUUCAAAAGUUAAUGUUGAAUUAAUCUGACUUAAGUCUUUGAAGUGUUUCUGUUCAUGUAAAAUAAGUGUUUUGUUUUUUAAGGACCUCAAGUGCUCAGAAUUGAAUCAGUCAUUAACCAUACUCUUCAUUAAAGACAUCAAUAUCAUUGAUACAGAAA